CGGCAAGCCACGGUCGGCCUGGUGAUCUUUCCUCCACCAUCGUUAUCCCGACACAAGAAGUUAUUCAGGAAACAUGGAUAUAUAUGAUCACAUUCAAGGGGAGAUCUUCUCCACAAACGAGUCCCCGAAAAAGGACGAAUCACAGCAGGAUGAAUCCAAAACCGACCGACCGCCCGUCGACCUGAACUCCGAACUGCAGGAGACAUUCCGUGCCUUUUCCGCAAGCCCUUGGGGCGCUCGCAUUGGUGGCCUUUGGGAUAAUGUUCGCAAACAAGGAGAAAGCUACUACGAGGGUGCUCGACAGGAGUAUGCCGCUGCUAGCGAGGAGGCCGCGAAGGGGUUCUCAGGCCUGAAAGAUAGCAUUGUCGGGCGGACGCGGGGCUUAUCGUUGAGCACAGCAUUUAACUAUGGAUCCGCCGAACGUGGAACGGAAGGAUCACUUACUCCCACCGAAACCCAUGCCGAGGAGCCCAGGGGAGAACAGAAAGGAGGUGAUCCCGAUACGAAGGCAGGCGAGGGCUUUCUUACCCGAAUCAAGGCAGAGGCGGCAAGACGGCUAAAGGAGAUCGAGAAGGCCGAGGAAGCUGCCGACGAAGCGAUUCUGCGGUUUGGAAUGAACAUUACGCAAAAGCUGAGGGAAGCGGUCAGCAUCGUCCCUCCGGAUACGGAGUCCAGCAACGUGCUGUUUGAGAGUAAAGAUUCUGACGGAAAGAGGGUCAUCCAUGCCACCCGCUUUGAAGCCCAACUACAUGUUAUCCAUACCAACUUGGAGAGUUUCACAAAAGACCCCGCUAGUGAUCAGUGGGCUGCAUUCAAGGAGUCCUUCAAGGUCGAUGACAAAACUGAUGCUAUCGCUGCGGAUUUGGAAAAGUAUCCCGAGUUGCGAUCUUCGAUGGAGAAGCUUGUCCCCGAGCAGGUCCAGUACGCAGAAUUCUGGAGUCGGUACUACUUCCUUCGCCUUGUGAUUGAAACAGAAGAGCAGAAGCGAAAGGAGCUCCUCAAAGGUGCCAAUGUCGAAGAAGAAGAAGAGGUUGGCUGGGAUGACGAUUCCGACGACGACACCGACUCACCAUCUACCCCACAAGUCUCCGACAAGACCAAGGCUGGUAAGGCUCCCGUUGGCCAAACUUCCACAGACAGCAACAACACCCUGAAACCGAACGAGCCCCGUCGAUCCAACGACCAGAUCUCCCAGGCCGACAGUGAGUCUAGCUAUGACCUCGUUAGCGGCGCCACAAGUCGAACUCCCGCUAGCCCCAAGGAGAAGCCCAAAGACGAUGACAGUGACGAUGACUGGGAGUGAACAACCCCAUUUUCAGUCUGGUGGAACAAGGGAGGGGUAAGCGGCCAGCGGCCAGACGUGUUCCCUCCCAGGCACAUACGCUUAAUACCCGGUUCUAGUUCUCUGCUCUGGCCACUGGUUGGCCACGGAGCUUUGCCUAGAUAACCUCAGGCACAAGGAGUUGGGUGUCGCUUUUUCUUCUCUACGUCUUUCUCCUCGUCUUUUUUUUUUUUUUUUUUU